UAUAUAAAAUUAAUUAAUAAAUAAAUAAUAUAAAAAAAAUCAGACAAAUUUUCUUCUUCUUCUUCCUCAGCUUCUUCUUUUAACAAGUUCUGAAAAUCCAAAGCAAAGUUUGUCUAACUCACCAUACACAUACAUACACAUAUUAUAUAGAUAUAUAAUUAUAUGCACACACAGUCUCCCAAUAUAGUACUUUUUUUUUGUUUCUUUAAUGGAAAAGAAACCCUAAAAUGGUAAAACAAGAAAAAGUCUCUAAUGGUUGAAUUUGAAUUUUCAUCUGAGGCAACUCAAACUCAACAACUCAAAAAUCCAACAAACCAAACCAAAACAUUUUCUCACAUUUCAUCAUGAUUGAUUCUUAUCAUGCUCACCAUGCAUCAUCACCAUCACCACAACACCAACAACAACCAACAGCCCUCUUCCGGCGCCACCACCACCACUGCCGCCGCCACCACCACCACCACCGCCACUACAGCCGGUAUCAUCAUCAACAACAGCAGCAGCAACAACAAUUCCGGCUCUCUUAGGUCUCCAACUCCCACUCCGACUCCGACUCCGACCCCUCUCUCUCUCGCUCCUCUCUCCACUCCCACCGUCCUACGCAACCCUUCUGACCAUGCAAUUUGUGACACCAUGGCUGCUGUUGCUGUCACCUCUUCGUCGCCUUGCUUGGCCAGGGUUAGGCUUUCGGAGAUUGCUCUUUACGAUGGUGUUCCUGUUGCGCCUUAUUUGAGGGCUGUGGAAGCCCUUUCUGGCUCCUUGAUGAGGCAUAAUGCGGCGGUGAUUGAGUUGGGAAGCGAUGAUGCUGCUGUUAUGCGAUGUGGCUUGGAAGCUGCUAGGUUGUAUUUUAGGAGUAAGGCUCAGCUGAGUGGCGGGAAGGGAGGUCGUAGUGUUUACAUGUACAGGUCUGGAAGGGCUCUGGAAGAUUGGGACUCAUCCCCUCCUUGCAUGGCUGAUAUUUUUAGAUGCAUGGGGAAGGCUUCACGUGCUGCUCUUUGUGCAAUAGCACGACAUCUUCGUUUGCGAAGCGAUGUUUUUAACCACUUACUUGAUGACAUGCCGUUGCCUGCUAAUGAGGUGUCCUCAUCAGUGCUUGUCGCUUCCUACUCAAAUUCUUCCAUGCUGAAUGUGAAAGGUAGCACAGGAGGAGGGAAGCCUGGAAUAAAUGGAGAGAUUGAAAAGGGAUUGUUGACAUUAUUUUCAUCGGAUAGUCCUGGUGUGCAGGUUUGUGAUCCCAAUGGUCGCUGGUAUUUAGCAGACAGCGGAUUAAGUCCUGGAGAUCUUUUACUUCUUACAGGGAAGGCACUUAGCCAUACUACUGCUGGCCUUCGACCAGCUGCAUCUUAUAGAGCUUCUUCUGAAUACUUGGCCAAUAAUGGUGGUGGAAGGGCAUCACUAGCAUUUAGACUUAUGCCACAAGGCAAUGCGGUAUUAGAUUGUUCUCCAAUUGCAGCGGCUGGUCAUAUCAUUCCACAGAGUUAUGUGCCAAUAUCUGUUAGCCAGUUUAUGGACGAUCUUUCAGCCGAGGAAGAUAUUUUGUGUAGUCGAUCAGACAAUGAUUAUAUAGCUCGGAACAAUUUAAAUACGGAACAACCAUCAUUAAGAAGUGUUCUCUCAGAUCCGUUAUCUGGUGCAUUUCUCGAAGAUGCUACAUUUGUUUCGUGUGGACAUUCAUUUGGUGGUCUAAUGUUGAGAAGAGUUAUUGAAAUGUCCAGAUGUACUCUCUGCAGUCAAGAAAUUGCGACUGGGGCGAUGAUCCCUAAUAUUGCUCUAAGAGCUGCGGCUGCAGCUGUGAAGCAUGAGGACAAUCGCAGGCUUUUUCAUAAUGCUGCUCUCAGAAAGCGUCGGAAAGAGUUAGGUGAUCAAAUUGAUCCAUUGAGGAGACCAACCAGGGAAAAUGGAGAUAUUGGUGAAGACGGGAUGAUUCGUGGUGUGCAGUAUCCAUUUUCAGUAAAUGAAAAAGUGGUAAUUAAGGGCAACAGAAGGACACCAGAAAAAUUUGUGGGCAAGGAAGCUGUCAUCACUUCUCAAUGUCUUAAUGGCUGGUAUUUACUCAAGAUUCUUGAAAGUGGUGAAAAUGUCCGACUGCAAUAUCGCUCUUUGAGAAAGAUCCAGAAUCCGUUUGGUAUCGAGGAAAGAUGUUCGUCACAGCCUGUUCAGAACAACAGCUCAUAAAAACAAAUAUAUCAUUCAGCCCUAAAUCCUCUCCAAAUCUUAAUGGUAAGAUAUGGCCAGAAAUUCCUGGUAAUUGGUGUAUUAAGUUAUGUUGUAAGUUUGAUAUUGUAUUUUAAUGUACCUUAUAAGUGUUUUGAGAGAUUUGAAUUGUAGUCAUUUUUAGGGGAGUUCUCUGUUAGACACUUGUAAAUAGAAGCAGUAAGGCACAUUGUUGGUAGUUGUGGUCUAACAUUGAGACCUACAAUUUGUUUUCUAAAUUAAUAUAUAUAUAUUUUUUCUUCCCUAA